AUGACAGGUAUUUUGAUGAGCGAUACGGAAUCGAAGUCUGAAAUAGUCGAUGUGCUCAUCGCUGGAGCUGGAAUCGAUGGUCUUAUUGCAGCCUUAUGUUUGCAUCGUGCUGGCUUUUCUGUGCGUGUUAACGAACGAUUAGCAAUGCUUGAUCCAAUCGGAUUCGGUAUUGUCCUUCAACCACUUUGUGUUAAAUUACUGUACGAACUUGGACUCGAAACUCAACUGAACGAGAUUGGAAUUGACAUAAGGAAAUCUCUUUAUUAUUCACAUCAUGCACAGCUUGUUUACGCAGAGACAAGAGAAAGCAACACAUUGAUCGACUUCAAUAAAACUGUCUCGGCAUUGAUCAAUAUCAAUCUUAGUUCAAACCACAUUUCCAGUCAUUGUGUUCAUCUUGAUACAUAUAAAAGAAAGUACACAGAUCAGUGA